AUGACUGGAUCUAGGGAGGAAGAAGUCACCAAUGGGAAAGAUCAACCCGAAGUAUCAGAAGGUCAGUCCGAUCCCACGAAGGAAAGUUCUCAAUCUGGAAUCCCGUUUGAAGGAAUAGCCCAUGUGUGGGGAUACUCUGUCCUCCACUUUGAUUUCCGUUCAUGGAUAGGCUCCUCAUGGUUCAGCACACCAACAGCACCUGGAACCCUGAGCUCCUCAGGAGGGUGGGGAUUGUACUUCUUGGAUCAGCUGGGGGUGUGGACAUGCGGAGAUUUUUGGCCAUGGGUUGCCAGAUGUUUGUUAAGUGCCAUCGUGGUUUUGGGAGCAAUUUUGAUUCUCUACUUGCUAUUGGUUAUCUGCCGGCCCUGUCAAGCUUUCUGCAAAUGUUGCUGCAGACAGACCAGAGCAGUAGCCAAAGAGGUGGGGGAGCUCCUCCCCGAACUUAGACCUGGGGGCACAUACGAAAAGCUGGAUAUCCGUGGACCCGCCUCUAGCGGGGGCGUCGAUUCCGAAUUCUACCAACGAGGCGUCAAGGGUCGAGGUUCAGAAAGAAAACCCAAUGACGUAGCUGUUGUGGUGAAUGACCAAAUAGCUCGCUUGAAGGUAGACGGGGAUCAUUGGGCACGUGUGGAUCGAUACGGGUUAUGGGUUCGUCUCCGUGGAGUGAAGGGUUCCACGUCGAAAGCGCUUCGCCAAACGUUGGAACAGGAGGGGAAAAUCCAUCUCUGUCGCGAGCAGCGGUGUCCGCUUGAAUUGCAACCAACACCCGGUCUACAUUGCAAAGCUUACGCUUCGGUGGAUGCCAAUGGGCUGGUGGAUUUGGGAGCUUAUGCAGGGUGGUCCACCCGCAGGGUGAUCGUCUUGAUGGGUCGAUGGCUACGUAGAAUGGUGCGGGGGCUUAGUCUCUGCGUGUACUAUCUGACGGGAUGGUUCAUUCUCAGACAACUCUGGGCAAAGCGGACGCCACCCAGAACCAUAGUCGAAGGAGCCGUCGUCAGACCCUUGGAUGCGGAAUCUGAAUCUGAAGUAGAGGUACAAGAUGACCCUUGUGAGGCCGUAUUAGUCGGUUUGGAACAUGGAGGCAAACCGAGAGCAUUGGCCACAGACCCAUGUGCAGAUCGGGCUAUCGGAGAGCCGGUCCGGCUCCUGGAGAGGGACAGAGAACUCUCUGACGUCAAAAGGAGAUCCUCCGUCAGGCUUUGCGACCAUCAUCGGCAGCUCUACGUGGCGGCAUGUUCAAGCCGAAAAUGCAGCGUGUUGGCUUGCUACGAACAGGUUGAUGGUGCCAAACAGGGAGUUCCCCUCUGCAAGCACCACCUGACGGACCUUGGUGGUUGUGCUCGCCCUACCCGCAGGGUUAGCUGGACACAUGAGAGAGAUAGCUCCAUUGCACGAUCCGAGGCAUCUAUGUCCGAAGGAGAAUGCCUCACCCCUGCACGAAGAAGCCGCCGGAUCAUCUUUGACGGCGCUGAACGACUUGGGCCCAGGGCUGCUUCGGCCGAUCCUAGUGAAUCCCAGAAGAAGAUUGAAGGCAAGCUUGAGAAGGGCCCGUGCAUGGUGCUCCUCAGACCAAAGUCAUUACAAACCGCGGAGGCCCCACCCAGGUGGACUGCAUGGUUGGGGCGCAUCGAGGGGUUCGCCGAAGAAGGGCGCAGCCAGGAGCUGCUCGAAGUCCACAUCCCUUCCUUGAAGCAAACGUGUGUGAUCCACAGAAGGCUGUUGAAAGGGUCCCCUCGAGACAACGGGGCGGGUCGAAUUAGUAAGCAUUGGGUGCAGAAGUUCCUUCAGCAUACCCAUGACGAAGAAGUCGGCCAAGGGAUAUCGGUCUUGGUCGCGCGCCUGUCCGAAGACCAAGCAGCGGCCCUGAAUGCCUGGGACGGUGAGGUGACGGAUGAAGGAGCGAAGCCAAGUAAAGCCUGGCAGGGGAGACUCUACCGGGAGAUCCUCCCACAUGCUGAUGCAUAUUUGCGUGAAGAAGCUGAGAUGUCCGACGACUUUAUGACACCGCCAAAGCCGAAAGUCGAGCUGGAAGAGGGUGCGGGACCGGCGAUUCCACCCUUCCCAGACCUAGAUGAUUCAGAUCGCCAGGGAAGAAUGGAGGCGGCUCGAAGAGCUCUUGACCAGCACAUUGAGGGAGAGAUAGAUUCCGAAGUGUUGCAGACCGUGGCCACUGCCUUCGACCUAGAUCAUGAGCAACUGGCUCAGUCGAUGUAUGCGAGGAAUCACCGCCUUAGCUACUCGAAGCCAACGACACCACCAGGAUUGGGAGCCGACCAAAGCGAAAUGGAGUUUGCAAGAAGACCCGUGACGGCAACUAUGCCAGGAGGAGUGACCGUAAAGCCAGCAGUCCCCCGGCCGGCGAAUCCACUUCUGCCGAGGAGCUCCUCCUCAAUCUCCCCGGUCCAGAGAGGUGGAUUGUCGCUCUUUCCCAAGGGGUCAGGCGGUCGAAACAGUCUCGUGAAACCAGCAUCGGAGCAGAUGCCGGAGGGCAGAGCAGGAGCCACGUUCGGAGAAGCCCUCGGAGACAGCACACAAGUCCAGAGCGCGGACCGCAUCAUUCACGCCAUCGACGGUCUGAGAAGAGCACAGGAUGACGACAAAAACCUCACGAAAGGGACCUUGAGUUCUAUCAAAGAGGCGGAGAAGAUGGACGUCUUCCUGGCACGAGGCUGUGGCACCCUGACCGUUGAACUCGCACCGGGAGUGUACGGGAAGGAACUUUUCCACGCGGGGAAAAGGGUGGCAAAUCACGCUCGCCAUAUGCUGCACUUGAUCAAAUGGCCGGUGCUGAUGACCAACAGGGUCCUACUUGGCAUCGCUGGUCUGUGGUGGGGUGGCAAAGACACCUAUACCUUGCACGCAAGUGACUGCGUUACCGCUCGGUCCGAGCAGUUGGACAGUUGGAAUCCGUCCUCCGACAACAAGAUCGAAAAUCGCAUGAGACCACCAGGAGUCUUCAACACUUGGCUCAGGUACGCGGAAAACUCAGUUCGCGUGUUUGGAUCCUGCUAUGGUACAGAGCAUAUCCAAGAAAGGCUCGAUUGUCUCCAAGCCCUGAAGGAGGCCCAUGAAGAAGACGAGCAUGCCUUCCCAGCUGCCUACUGCAUCGAGCUCUUUGAGGAACUUGUCGCGGCUUGGUGCGAAGAACUGCGAGAAAGCAGAAGGAAACUCUGCUCUCUGCUGGGGACCGAAAAUCCACGGCUUGAAGACCUGAAGCUGCUAGCUUUGGCGCCGGGAGCGGAUGGGCAAGCAAACUUCCAGUUUCCAAGCAUAUGGGAUCUGGGCGACCCGAACGGAUAUUACCAGACAGUUGUGGUACCCAGGCAGCAAAGGCAAAUGUCGAGGCUGCUCCACAAGCAGCUGCACGACCACAACCUCAAGCAGAAGAAGACAGCUGGUCCAGCUGAAGAUGAAGAGCCAAGGACAGGGAAAGCCCCAAAGCUUAACCUGAAAGACAAAGAGGCCGAUGGAUAUGCGGGCGGCAGCAUGAAAUCAGCCUACCCAGCUGGAAAACGGCUUACACAAGGAGAAGCUUCACGGUCCGUGGAGCACGCACCUAAGGAUCCCAAGACCAACAAACCUAUCUGCUGGGAUGCGGCCACACACAUGGGAUGCACAAGAGGCGACAAGUGCCAGCACGCGCACGAGCCUUUGCCGGGAUUGGCCAAACUUGACUACACAGUUGCCAUGCAGGUCAUUCGAAGAGGAGGACUCAAAGGUGGGCCGAAAAUCGAUCCCAAAGAGGUCGACGGAAGGGUCGCUCAGCUGCGAACCCAGGCAGCGGCGGAUAAGGCCGACAAGAUCCAACCUAGCAAGAAAGCGAAAGUCAAGCCCAAGCCAAAGGCCAAAGCUGGGAAGGAAGCUGAGGGUAAAGCUGAAGAAGACAAGGUUGGGAACACCCAGUGGGUCGCACCUGAAGACUAUGAUAUCCCUCUGACCCAUCUCGAGACUGACUUGCAAGAGAAGGUUCAGGGCCCAGAUGAGGGCUGGCUGCGAAUACCCUCACAACCCACUGAGCAAGAAGCCGCUCCGGCUUGGGAUGACCAGAGCCAAGAGGAGCGGGAAAGGCUGAAACGAUGGAAGUCGCUGGAGGAGAAAGGGGUUCUGGCGGCCUUGGAGUCGCCCACGGAUUAUCUCAGGUCCCAUGUGAUUGCACGCAUGAUGGCAGCACAAGAUGAAGGAUAUGAACUGGAGCUGAACCGGUGUCUCGAAGAUGCGGCAGAACAUGGACAUCCCGCGCUCUCUAAGGAAGCCGGACGUCAACUUGAGCUCCUCAAGCACGAGCCAAAAGCGGGUCACCAAGCGGAUGUCGAAUUUACGCCCAUCACAUGGGACGAGGGUAUUGGUCAUGGCCUGUUGAACUUUCAAGGAAACUUGUCGCAUAUCGGCUCAGUCACGGUCCGUGACUACCAGGAUCGCUUGAACGCAAAAGACAGCGAGGUCCCACUGCAAGACGGGCAGUUGGAAGAAGAGCGCCAAUGCCUGCCUCUUCAUGUGGGUGUCGGGUUAGCGUUGGCCGAUGAUCCAUCUGUAGAACUACGAGAGGCCGUAGCCAGAGCCAACCAGUUGAGAAAACAUCUCUGGGAUGAAGCAGUGGAGGCUCACGCACACCUUGGCGAUCCGCCAGCGUGGAUACCUGAGGGCGAGCACUUCUUGCGUCAAAACGUCCAUGAUUGCCUCUAUCCUCACCACGAGAAAGACUACCGCGCCUUGCAAACCCUCACAGGAUCCAUGCUGCAAGGAUACACGUUGGCGGUCCUCAGGAUUUCCUAUUUUGGUCGGUUGGAGGUCGACUUGCUCCACGGAGAUGAUGCUGGCAAUGGGAAGCUAGUUUUCGUUACCAUCCACCGGGGGCAUAUGCGCCUGCUUCUUCCACAACAGCCCCAGCAGCUGUUGGAUCACCUGAGGACUGCAGACAAGGUCACCAGGGAACUUCAGGUUGAACAUUGGAGGGUGAUCUUGGACCAGAGCAAAGUGGAGGAUCAGAUGGUUCCAGCCAAGUCCCCCGCCUGCACAAGAUGCCAGCAACAGCAGCAAAGGCCUUAUCGUGUUGGUGAAGGAUUCCCGUUGCCACCGGCUUCAUUUGAGUCCUGCUUGCAGGAUGAUCCACAGGCUCUUCAAAACAGCGGUGUGCCUCUGCGAAAAAGGCUCGCCUUCGCCUAUGGGCCAAUUGGUCAAGAGGUGUACGCUGGAUGGGCAGGAUGGACCAAGGGGCUUCAGUACCAGGGGAUCCCGUGCGGAGAACCCAUUGAAUACUAUGAGGACCCGAUCGAGCAAAAGGGCUUUAAGCCGCAGCAUGAUACCCGUGACCCGAAGGUCCGAGAACGAUUGCUGGGAUUAGCUGGUGCUCCACCAGGGCCCGAUGUCCCCAACACUUGGCAGCUUGGAGUCGUUUGUACUUCCUUCUGCGACCACCAGCUGAAGAACGGUGGCAGCAGGACCUGGCAACGCCCACAAGGCGACGGCACUCGUCCCUCUGAAGUUCAAGGAAAUGAAGACGCAGAGUUCGCAGCCGAACUUUGUACGGUUCUGGCGGACAACGGAAGAGUCUUCGCAUUGGAGAGUAGCGCGCCGUCGGGCCGCUACCCCAAGAUAUGGGACCUGCCUUGUAUGCAGAGGCUCCGCCGCCGCACCGGCGCAAAAAUUGUCUCUAUGGCUAUGUGCGCUUGGGGUCUGGGACCGCCUGAGACUGAGGAGGGCCUGUUUCAUCGCAAGCAUUCUUGGUGGCUGGUCUCCCCAGAACUCUACCCAUGGGCCUUGUUAUUCCUUGGUAGGCAGUGCCCAGGAGUCGGCCCGACUCACCAGCACGCACCCUUGAAGGGACCCAGUCCAAUUCCUCAAGUACCUCUCACUCGACUGGCACAGCAAUACGCACCAGCUUUGUGUGCAGCCUGGGGUCUGGUAGUCCGAGCAGCCUUUGAAGAAUGGAGCUGGACAACAUAUCUGCAAGAGCACAGCGUGCUCAAAGCCCUAGAGAAAUGUUGGACCGAACUGGACGCACCCCCUUGGCCGGCUGAUCCAGCCAAUACGUUGGAGCGAACCCUUGGCCAACAUUUGGCACCGGUGGUUGCUGGCCAAGCGGAUGGACCAGGCCUCCCACAUGGCUACACCUGUUCAGGAUGCGAACUCCAACAGAUGGUCUACCCUUGUACGUUUUGUGGGGGGGAGGGGUCUGUUUCCGAUCCCGAAAAGCAAGCUGAGGGGCAGGGCACAAGGGCAGGCAGCGUCGACGACGCCAAUGGCCAAAGCACUGCUGAGAAAUACUUGGAGGUAUGCCAGAGUGCUUACAGCAAGGAGGCAGUGAGAAAAGCCACAGAGGCAGGAAAUGCGUUGUUGAGGGCCGCCGGCUCGGUGCCAAGAGCAGCUGAAUUAGUCAACAAAGCGAGGCUGAGGAAGUAUGGGGAACACUUCCAGAAGGCAAAGGAAGGAGCAUUGAAAGGGCUCAGCCCCCUACACGAGCAAUACUUGAAAGACUGUGUGCUCAAGGGCGUGCCCAGCCGAGCUAAGAGUACCCCCAAGAGAGAGAAGGCCCGAAACCACGGCUCCGUCAGGGGGCACGAGGAAGAGAUGCUGCAGAAGGCAUGGAAAGACGCAUCUUAUGGGGCGGUACUUCUGUGUUCCACAGAGACCGAGGACCAAGAAGAAAAUCGGCAAAUCGACCAGAUACUGACCGAGAGCAAGGUGGCCGAGAGCCCUCUCGGCCGAGUGCCCAAGCAAAACCCCGACAGAACCAUCUCAGCGGAAGGUCGUCCCAUCAACGAUAUGCGAGCCAGGAAUGCUUCGGGCUCCAAAUACGACCACCCACCCGCCGCUCAGCCUAGGCACAGAGCAGUGGUCAGGCAAAGCCUUUGGUGGAGGGUGCGACACCCGAAGGUUCCACAGAGGUGUGCGAAACGCGAUGUGCCAAGGGCUUUCAAGUGGCACUUCCUCAAGCCGGGCGAUGUCCCUGAAUUCUGCACGAGGAUUCUAGGUGUGCUGAUCCUGAGUCUGGUGAUGGUGUUCGGUUGGGUAGGAGCGCCAGGGGAGUUCGUGAUAUGGGCCACCGCAGCCCAAAAGCACCACGGGUCGUUCCGACCAUGCCAUCCUCAAUUCAACGAUGUGGUUCCCUACACCAGCCGAUGGCUGAUGGAUGACGGCGUGGUGGUAGAGCCACUAGUGGGGAAUAGGAUCCAGGGAUCCCUGUCAGCAAUGGAUGCAGCUAUGGUAUCAGUCUGGGGCCCUGGAGCCAUCAAUCUCGACAAGCUCGCCGAAGAAGGCACCCCGGCAAAAUCCCAGCUCCUGUGGGGCCUCCACCUAGACUUUGAAGAACAGGUUGUGGUCCUCCCGGAACCGAAGCGAAUAAAGGCGAAGUAUCUCCUAAGAGAGCCUCAGCUUCAAAGGGGGUGCCAACGAGUUCGUACCAAGCUGCUCCGAGAACUGGCAGGGACAGCGCAGUAUUGGGCCGUCUCCGCCCCGGAGAUUGCACCCUAUCUACCAGUCUUUUACAGGCUCCUGCAGCAGGAAGUAGGCGAUCAUGAAUGGGUGAAACCCAGGGGCUCCGAGAGUGAGCUAGAGGCUGCCUGGGCUGAGUUCUGGGAUGCGCUCGAUUGGGUUCGCCUCCAGAUGGAAAAGCCUUGGGGAACCAGUUUCAGAGCAGCUUUCGGCAAGCUCCUGCCGUUAAGGGAAAGGCUCGCACUCCCUGGCAUGGCCGCUUCGGCCCGAUUCGUUGGAGGAGAUGCCACGCUAACCAGGCUCGGAAGCACUGAUUGGAAGGAUAGAUGCUACCACAUGGCGGACAGCAGCAGAUACGUCAGGGCCGUGAGCGAAGUCGUAGGGGGCGGAGAUCACUUGGAGAUCAUCGGAGUGAUGGAGCUUCUGACGUUCAUUGUCCUGGCAGCGGCGCGGAAGGAAACCUGGCAGGGGCAACUGAUCCUUUAUGUGACUGACAACAUGAAUGUCAAAGCAUGGUUACGUACCAGGCGCGCUUCAAACAGAUACGUGAGGGCGCUCUUGCUGCUGCUCCAGCGGCUCGAAGCGGAGAAUAGCUUCACUGUCGAUGGAGCGUACGUCCGUACCUACCACAAUACUCUCAACGACUGGCUGACAAGGGAGGAUGAAGACAAGGUCCAUGCGGAAAUGGAAAGCAGUGGCUGGACCCGCCUCGAGCUCAAUGAGGACUGGGAAGGACUCCUGCGAGAAGCCAUGCGCCCCACGUUGAAGCUACCAGGGGAGAAGGGCCCGAGUGCAGCUUUAGCCAUUCAGCUGGCCAACGAACAGCAAACCGUGCAUGCCUUCCCCGCCAAGAUCGAACCAAAGCCAUUCAAAGGGGGACUCCACCAAAUCCGGCUAGGGUCGGAACUACUGACGUUCGAGCUGGGGUGGGCCAAGGGCGGAGGAUCGAUCGCAAGCCAGGCGCAAGCUGACUGGAUCGUCUGUGUUCUCACUCAAGACCCAAAAGGGCGGGAGGCAGACAUCCUUCUAAAAACCCUCGCCAGAACUGAUUGGAGAGGACGACUUAUCGUUGACCAGCCCAGGGAGCUCUCUGAAACCAGCCGAAAUCGCCUGAUGCAGCUUCAGGUUCAAUGGGGUCAGGCACAAGUGGUCGACUAUCAGACUUCACACCACGGCAGCUUCUUUGCCAGGGCCAGAAGACUUUGGCUUUUUGGAGGAACGGCCGACGAAAAGGAGAGAGUUCAAGCAUGGCGAGUUGCACAAGUCAACGAGUGUCAGAUGUUACCUCUGCGAUCCGCAGAGGAGUCAGGUAAGGGAUUAUGCCCGCCCGACUACCUUUUCACGAGAGAACCAAACCUCAUCACCACCGGAGACAAGUGGCUUCCAAAACCAGUCGGCCACUUGGUUGACGUGCGCGCCGGCAGCAGGCACCUGGUCCAUAGCACACGGGGCCCAGCUUGCGGACCUAGGCUCACAGGUGAGCGUCUCAAGAUCCCAGGAGGCACCCUGUUGGAAGAUGGGACGGGUCUGGUCCGUCCUCUCCUCCCAGAAGAGGUGUGGGAAAUGCAAGGGGGCCUCGCAGAGGAUUGGCGUUCCGCCGACUCGAAGAGAAAGGAUCGCAUGAUAGCAGCUGCAGUCCGGGAGCCAGGCUGGCAAGUGGCUAUGAGUCUCAUGCAGGCUCUGACUGGAACCGAUGGGAAGGCAGGAGUCCUGGACCCCGAUGAGAUCCAAGCCCACGAGCAACUAGAGGUCUGGCUGCGAGCGUGGGGGAGGAACCCGAAGGCUCCCUCUUCCGAGCUUUUCCUUACUUCGUGGAAAGAGCCACGUGUGGCAGUGGCACCCACUCAUGAGUUCGUGGGAGCGACAACCCAGGCGAAAGCAGGCGGAGGCAAACGCACCACCGUGAAGCCAGCACUCAGUGAAGUGGAGAGGCUGGUCCAGCCCGCAUCCAAAAGAGGCGGGACUACUGGGACCCCCCGCCCCCGAGGAGGGAGCACAGCAGAGCUUGACCAGGUAGCCAUGGAAGCUGUCUUGGCCAAACUGGCUGAUUCAACUCGCAGGGUCUAUGCAUCAGGCUGGAAGCAAUGGGCGUUGUACAAUGCCAGCUCGGGCACUCACCCGUUCCUUGACGGAGAAGAGCGCUCCGCUCGGACUGAAGACGAGCAGAGGUUGAUUCGGUUUGUAGUAUUUCUACAUCAAGUCAUGGGAAGGUCCAUAGGUGGGGUCAGACAAAGGUUGUCAGCCAUUCGUUAUGCACAUGUUGCGGCAGGAUACCCUGAUCCACUGGUCGGGCGACCUCGGUUGUGGGCAGCGGUUGCGGGUCUACAACGUUGGGAAGGCGCCCCAAAACGAAAGCUCCCUGUUACCCCCAACAUGUUGCGAUGGUUGGUCCAGCACUUGAAAAGUAGCGGUUUAUCAGUUGUCGAUCAAACCAUGAUCAAAGGAGCCCUUCUUACAGGUUGGUUUUUCAUGAUGCGGGCCAGUGAACUCUUGCCCAGUAUCAAUGGAGAAGACCCCAUGAAUAGGGCGCUCCGCCCAGCUGAUGUUGCUUUCUUUUCGCAUGGGCAGCCUACCAUAGGCGCCAAGGCCGAUGAAGUCGUAGUGCAGAUUAGAUCUUCAAAAACCGAUCAGUAUGGUAGGGGCCAAACACGGUCACACCACCGCUCCGGUGGAGAUCUCUGCCCUGUUGAAGCCUUAGCCGCGCUACAGGUCCUACAGCCCCAUCGGUGGCGCAGCCCUGAAGACGAGGCGCCUUUGUUCCGCUAUGAAGACGGGACGGGGCUUGACAGAGAGGGCAUCACCCAUUUCAUCAAGAUAGCUGCAUUGGCCGCCGGGUUUCCUGGCGAACUCGCUGGUUCACACUCACUACGUAAGGGGGGAGCCACUGCAUUUUUCGCAAGUACUGGGGACUUAGAAAGGCUUAAGAGGUACGGUGGUUGGUCAUCCGAUGCUGUUCAUGCUUACCUUUAUGAAGAUCAUACCGCUCAGAAAGGGAUUUCAGAAGGGAUGUUGGGUACCAGCCUCAUUACACUCCCCAGCCAAAAAGACCCCGGGGUCCGUAGGCAUCCAGCGGUUGUUCCAACUGAACCCCAAGAGUCCUAUCCUGGUUUAUUGGGGGUCCCUCAAGAUGAGUUAUUCCAUAACAGUCAUGGAGGAUCAAACCCUUUUAGCAGCCCAGUUGCCACGAAGCGAACAUCCAGAGCUCCUCGAGGCUCAAACACCAAUCGUGCAUUUUCGUGGGCACCAGAUCGUAAGGUAUCGUUUGCAGUGAAGGCUGGUGCUAUGGAUGCUACUGAUGAAAGUGCCGAUGGGGGACGAAAGCCAGCAGCUCCAGAUCGAGCCAAUGCAGCGAACCUCUUUGUAGCAGCUCACCCAGGACUAGAUCUUUAUCAAUUCCUGGGUGUUCCACCCGGUGCGACUCCAGCUCAGGUGCUCACCGCAUAUCGUCGCAGGUCCCGUGAGACUCAUCCAGACCGCUUUGCAACUGCUGGGGAAGAUGUCCAGAAAGCCAAAGGAGAGGAGUUUAAGAUGUUGGGAAUGGUCCGAGAGAUCCUCUUGGAUCCACUGAUGGCCACUCAAUACAUGAGGUGGAGACAAGAGCAAAUUGCUGCAAAGCAUGGGCGAGGCCGUUCCCCAGUUGUUCCAGCUGGUGUCUAUGCCAAGCAAGCUUCAUCAUUCCAACAAGCCAGAUCAAGUUUUGAUCGGUCCUCCACUCCUGCUGGCGCAGGAGCCAGCAGCUCGGGAGGAGCAGGCCGGGAGGUGCCUCGUAAACCGCCCCCCCCUUCACAGGGAUAUCCUGGAGGAGGAGCGCAAGGAGGACCGCCCCCAGCCAAAGCCCCUCCUGCUCCAGCAGGGACCGCGCAAAAGCCAAGGAAACCUCCACCGCCCGCGAAUCCGCCUACUCCGAGCUCAAGUGCGAAGCCAAGGAAAGCACCGCCACCAAGAAAUGAUGAUGGGAGGCCCAGAGGACCUACCACCCCACCAAUGCAAAAAAUGGCACCCACGCAAGCUAUUCCAAAGGGAGCACCGCCAACACCGGCCAAGCAUUUCCCCAGGGCGACCCAACCAUACACUGGAGGGGGCAUGGUGGACGAUUUGCGAGUUCCUCGCAUCGCACUGGCAGAUGCAGGGGUGAAACGAUCAGACGCUCCGUCUGAGUCUUGGUGGUCAGAGACGUCAUCCAGAUAUAGGGCCCCUUCGAGCUGGUUGGAGCCCGGGUCUGAGCCUUGGGUCGAAGAUGACCUUCCACCGGAGAGCACCGUCCCAGACAACGAGGAUGACUAUGUGUAUGUUGAGGUGGAAGCUGAAGACGAUGACAUGCACAUCCUCCAAGACCACCAAUUCGAUGAAGAAGAUUGGGACGAGCCGGCAUGGGAAGAGCUCCCUGAGGAGGGGACCGGGUCUGAGCAAGUCUUCCAAACCUUCGAUCAAGCCGUUAUGCAAGGACUGCUCCAGUUCAUGGAUUUCGUGAACAGAGGACGGGCCAAGAUGCUGAUUGAAGGUGCUCCACCUAUGACUUCUGUCCCAAAAGAGGUCCGGGAGGCAUGUUUGGGAGACCAUCCGGGGCUUCUAAAAAUGCAUCCCAGCGCAAAAGCAUGGCUAAUGGCAGGGACGAAAGGUGUCGAAUUCAAGAAGCCACCACCUCCUAAGCCUCCCAUGCUUUCGGCUCCCCCAAAGGUGGCUCCGCCGCCACUUCCAAAGCCAGCUCAUCCAGAACAGGUACCUGAGCCAAAGGAGCCGCCGAAAGCCCUAGCCCCCAAACCAGUUCCUCCAGUGCUGAUGCAGAAGACACCAGCACCAAAGAAGCCCCCUCCGCCACUGCCAGCAGCCAACUAUGCCAUGCCGGCAAGAGCUAUGGGACUCGGUUCAGGCGCAACAGCAUCAUCUUCUGAGGGCGCUCCGCCCACUGAGGUGAACCACUUUGGGUUUGACGAGUCUGAAGUCGACUAUGGUGAUGACGAUGAUCGAACCCCUGAGGAGAAGGCAGAAGAUGAGGAGCUGCUCGAGAAGACCAAGACGAAAGUGGAAGCUUUCCUGCGAGCACCCCCAGAGAUGAGGAAGACGCUUCGCUCCCAAGCAUGGAAGCGGUGCAAGAGCAAACUGGAGGAGCUCAACUUUGAGUUCAGCACUCGUCCACUGCCCGAAAUGCACCCAGGCAAAUUCGAGAAGGAUCUCAAGGAUGGCUUCACCUAUGCGGAGGCCAAACAACGCCAAAAGGGCCGGCAACGGGCCGCCCGACAUCAGCGAGCCUUGGCUGAAAUGGAGGGUGCCUCCUUUGAGGAUUUCCCGAAAUCCUGGUCACAUGGGUAUUCCAAGCAAGUCCUGAAGCCGGGUUUCCUCGAAGAGAAGAACAAGGAGCGGGCCCGCCGAAAAGCUACAAAGGCCAACUAUCGAUCCGAUAGAUCACGCAGCACUCCACCACCUCGCCAGUCAGCUGCUCCAGCUGCUGCAUCCAACCAGGCUGAAGCUGAAAGCACGGCCAACUGGGAAGCAGGAAGUCAAUGGCACGACUGGCAAGCGAGACGCAGCAGUGAGUGGCAACGGCAUCAACCAGAUGUCACACAACGGAGAGAUGCAAAUGCCGCAGACGAUGACAACUGGGGCAACUGGACCAGAGAUGGGCAACGAGGCAGCAACCAAGAUGGCUGGUCCAGCUAUGACUAUGGAAACCAUCAGGUGAUGCCCAACAUCUCUGCAGGGCCCAGCUGGUCCUGGGUGCCCAAGGAAUUUGACUUAGAGAUUCAUCGUGCCACUCCUUUGAUAGACGACCAGAAGAACAUUUACGUUCAGUCCAUCGCAGGCCGUGUGCGAAAGCUGCGAGGAGUUGAUGGCGUAGAGCUUUGGUCCUUCUAUUCGGGCGAUCGCGGAGGUAUCCCAGGAGUUGCAGCCAUCGACGAUGACAAGAUCUUUUUCAUGACCCGCAAGGGAUAUUUCAUCGCGGUGGACCUUGAGACAGGAACUGAAGUCUUUUCCACGAAGAUUGCUGAGCUGAUCGACAGCACCACGGACUGUCUGUUGGUUCUGCAAGGCCUCGUGAUCUACGCCAUCGUCGAGCCCGUGCCUGCGGUGUAUCUGACAGGACACCUGCAUCUCCACGAGAUUGACUCCAACUUGGUGGUGGCCUUCAGUACGAAGGAUGGGUCGUUGAAAUGGAGAUUCCAACCCAAAAUGCCGCUGUACAACUUUCAAGCUUCCUCGAUCAACGAUGGAAGCUUCGUGUUUCAAGACCAAACUGGUGGCGUCUACCGCCUGGGAGUCGAUGAUGGCAAACUCCUGUGGUAUGGCGGACAGAUGGACCGUGGCAGCGCCACCACGGCUGCCGCAGUGAUCUCCGAGGGAAAGGUCUAUGCAGUGAGCAACCUUGGUGGUGGGAUGAAACCCGGGAUGAAAGAGGGGAAAGGGCUUCUGCAUGUGUACGACUAUGAGAGCGGCUUGCUCCUGUGGUAUCAGCUAUUGUGGUAUGAGGGCAACCAAGCCGUUGCUGUGGGCGAGAUCGCAGGGCAUCCUGGGAAAUCCUUGGUCCUGGGCAUGGGAAAGAAUCCCGGCGUGCCGUGGUUCAUGCUGAUGACUUUUUACAUUCCUGGAUGGCUGAUCCCAUGGACGGCGCCCUUGUACUACCUGAGCCUGCACUUUCCAACCUGGUUUGCGUCCAAACAAGGCCGAGCGAUAGUUGCAUUCAAUGCAGAGACUGGAGCCCUAAGGUGGGUAUGGGAGAUGGAGCCCUACCAGCAGAUGGCCGCCUCCGGAGACAACGAAAAGUUUGUGCCGAGAUUUCGGGAGUUUGUGUCCACCAACCCCAACAACGAACCAAUGUGUCUCCCUGACGCCAACGCUCAGCCGGUCAUCGAUGGUUCGGGGACGGCCUUUGUGCCCUUCCAGGACGGAAAGGUUUACGCCGUGCGCGAUGAGAAUGGUGAUGGCAGCAUCACGCCGAACGAGGUUCAGGUCCACCUGGUCGGCGAUGCGUUCCAAGCCUCAUCGGCCAUGGCACCGGGGAUGUUGGCGGUGCUGGACUGCGCUGGAAAGCUGGACGUCUUUGGAGGAUGAUGCAGUUUUUGGUGAAAA